AGGGAAGUGGUCUAAGAUGCGGUUUCUGGGCUCCCCCAAAGAAGGGAAGCAGAGAGCCCCAUCUAGUUCAGUGCCUCAGUUUCCCCAUGUGUCCCCGUGGGGGCGUCUCUGAGCGGGUCCCGCCGCGAAGGCGGGGCGGGUGCGCCUUGGGUUCGCUCCCCGCCGGGCCCCGCCCCCGCGGCUGUCCAGAAAAGGUCCCGCGCAGCCAGUGCUGCGUCCAGCCUCCACGCGAUCUUGGCGAUGCAGGGUACCCCUGCUCCCGCCCCGGCCCCUGGGCCCAGCUCCCCUCGGGGCUCCCCGCGCGGCUCCCCCGGGCUCUUCAGGAAGCUGCUGGUGAACCAGAGCAUCCGCCUGCAGCGGCGCUUCACCUUGGCCCAUCCGCUGUGGUGAGGCGAGACAGGGCCUCGCAGGGGUCAUCGGAACCGCCGGGCUGGAGCUUGGACCUGGAAAAUGGGCUCGCGUGUGGUAGAAGCAUCCUGGACCCUCAGGCCGGAUCUGGCUUUGGCCGGAUCGCCCAGGCGCCUGCGCAGCACAAUCAGAGGCGAGAGUCCUUCCUCUACCGCUCGGACAGUGAUCACGAACUCUCAUCCAAAACCGUGUCUCGGAACUCCUCCGUGGCCAGCGACCUACACGGAGAAGACCUGAUUGUGACGCCCUUUGCCCAGGUCCUAGCCAGUCUGCGGACAGUUCGGAGCAACGUCGCGGCCCUUGCCCACUUGCAAGAUCACUGGGCAGUCAAGCAGGCGUGCGUCUGUAACACCCCACCUGGCAGCCAACCCCCUCCACCAACAGAAGACACUGGGCAGAAGCUGGCUUUGGAGACACUGGACGAGCUGGACUGGUGUCUGGAUCAGCUGGAGACAUUGCAGACGCGGCACUCAGUGGGGGAGAUGGCCUCCAACAAGUUCAAGCGGAUGCUGAACCGGGAGCUGAGUCACCUGUCUGAAACCAGCCGCUCAGGGAACCAAGUGUCUGAGUACAUAUCCCAAACCUUCCUGGAGCAGCAGACUGAGGUGGAGUUACCCAGGGCGACCCCUGCAGAGCCCCCGAAGCCCGUGUCCCAGAUCAGCAGCCUGCGUGGACUUCCCCACAGUUCCAGUCUUUCCACAGCCACUGUCCCACGCUUUGGGGUCCAGACAGAUCAGGAGGGGCAGCUGGCCAAGGAACUGGAAGACACCAACAAGUGGGGGCUUGAUGUGUUCAAGGUGGCAGAGCUCAGCGGGAACCGGCCUCUCACAGCGAUCAUGUUCAGCAUCUUUCAGGAACGGGACCUGCUCAAGACAUUUCAGAUCCCAGCAGACACGCUUGCCACCUACCUGCUGAUGCUGGAGGGUCACUACCACAACGAUGUGGCCUACCACAACAGCCUACAUGCUGCUGAUGUGGCCCAGUCCACGCACGUGCUGCUGGCCACACCUGCGCUUGAGGCCGUGUUCACAGACCUGGAAGUCCUGGCUGCCAUCUUUGCAAGUGCCAUCCAUGACGUGGACCAUCCGGGGGUCUCCAAUCAGUUUCUCAUUAACACCAACUCAGAGCUUGCACUUAUGUACAAUGAUGCCUCCGUGCUGGAGAACCACCACCUGGCUGUGGGCUUCAAGCUGCUGCAAGCAGAGAACUGUGACAUCUUUCAGAACCUCAGCACCAAGCAGCGGCUGAGUCUGCGCAGGAUGGUCAUUGACAUAGUGCUGGCCACGGACAUGUCCAAACACAUGAACCUCCUGGCUGACCUCAAGACCAUGGUGGAGACCAAGAAGGUGACAAGUCUUGGAGUCUUGCUGCUAGACAACUACUCUGACCGCAUCCAGGUCUUGCAAAGCCUGGUGCACUGUGCUGACCUCAGCAACCCCACCAAGCCGCUACCACUCUACCGCCAGUGGACAGACCGUAUCAUGGCCGAGUUCUUCCAGCAGGGCGACUCUGAACGGGAAUCAGGCCUGGACAUCAGCCCCAUGUGUGACAAGCACACAGCUUCAGUGGAGAAGUCCCAGGUGGGUUUCAUUGACUAUAUUGCCCAUCCACUGUGGGAGACAUGGGCUGACCUGGUACACCCAGAUGCACAGGACCUGCUGGACACUCUGGAGGACAACCGCGAGUGGUACCAGAGCAAGAUCCCACGCAGCCCUGAGGACCCCACCAGCCCCAAGCAGGGUAGCCCUGACAGAUUUCAGUUUCAGCUCACUCUGGAGGAGGCAGAAGAAGAGGAGGAAGAAGAGGAGAAAGCAUUGGAUGGGGAGGCCUCAAAGUCACCUGACACUGAGCUCCUACCCUCUGAGGCCAGCCCAGACCCUGGAGCUAGCCCAGACCCUGGGGCCCCACACCUGGAUUACCAGAGGACUGUGGGCAAGCCCUGCAUGGACCAUGAGGGCAAUGUAAUGGCUGAGCCUUUGGGCACCUAAUGGCCCCUGGUGGGUGGGUGGAUUUUCCAGGAAGAGGUCCCAGGUGGCCCCACUUUGCCUCCCAGGGAGACAACUGGGCUUUUUGCUACAGGCAGGUCUCAGGGUUGAAUUGGAGGCAUCUGGCUGGGGUCCACUCUGACCCUGGGAUCGGCUGAGAGAGCUCUCCAAGGAGCUGGGCUGGAGGAGGGGCAGCUUCUUCCAGGGCUCUUGAGUUCUCCCUCCUGGACUUCCACCCCUGGUGUAGAAAGUGUCUGCCAGGCACCUUUGUCCAUCUUGCCCAGUGGUCACUCUUGAGCCACUCCAUCACUUUA